UCACGUGCUCCCGCCGUCGCGUCACACCCGGAAGCGGUGGCCCGAGAGGAGCGGGCCGCGAUGAGUGGGGAACCCGGACCCAUAUCCUUAGCGCCCCCUCCCGGGGAGGUGGAACCGGGCAGUGGGGUCCGCAUCGUGGUGGAGUACUGUGAACCCUGUGGCUUUGAGGCGACCUACCUGGAGCUGGCGAGUGCGGUGAAGGAGCAGUAUCCUGGCAUCGAGAUCGAGUCGCGCCUGGGGGGUACAGGGGCCUUUGAGAUAGAGAUCAAUGGACAGUUGGUGUUUUCCAAGCUAGAGAAUGGGGGCUUUCCUUAUGAAAAAGAUCUCAUCGAGGCCAUUCGCAGAGCCAGUAACGGAGAACCUCUGGAAAAGAUCACCAACAGCCGCCCUCCCUGUGUCAUCCUGUGA